UCAACGACGGGCAGCUGGCGUGAACAGUUCGCAGUUCGCAAAACGCAGUUCGAAACGGUUAACGGCUCGACGACGGUCGCGCGUUUGCUUGGCGUGCCAAAAAGCAAGAAGAGCAAACAUACACAAACACACACACAGAGCAUUGAAAAUAAAAUUUUGCCAAAUCCAUUCAAAAUUGGUUUUUUCAAUCGCAACGCGAAGAAAUGCGACGCGGCAUACAACUAACAGCCAAAUCAAAUCACAAAUAAAUCAAAGCAAACAAAUAAAGUAUGUCCCACAGUUAAAUCAAAUUAAAUAUACAACAAAAAGUGCGUGAAUAAUCAACUGCAGUUCUAUAACUCAUAUAUAUUCAUAUAUACACAUAUAUAUAACGAUCAAAGUGCAGCAGAGGAACGCUCUCAAUAAAAAUCUACGCGCCUUGAAACGCCCCUUGAAAAUAAUUAUUGAAGAGAAGAAACAAUCUAACAACAACAACAAGCAACAACGGCAUGCUGAUGCACACCACAUCCACCACAUCGACAGCCACGAUGACCAACUCAUCCUCCUCAGCCACGCCCACACCGGGCUCGACAUCGUCCAACAACAGCGCCACGCUGGAAACGCUGCAACAACAGCAGCAACAACAGCAGCAACUGCAACAUCAACUGCAGCAAUUGCAUACGACAUCGUCUAACAAUUCGCGUCCACCAUCCCGAGCGCCCUCCAUACUGGACAGUCCGACGCUGGCGCGUGUAGAACGCGCUCGACUGCGUCUGGAGCAGCAGGAACGUGAACGCGAACGCAGCAGCCAGCGCAGCAGUCAAGGGGGCGGCGGUGGUGGCGGCGGAGGUGGCAGCAGUAGCGGCACAGGCAGCACAGCAACGACCAUGAAUCGUGAGGAUAGCCUGGAGCGCAGCAUAUUGGAUCCAAAGAAAGAUGCGGCGCCAUGGCAUCAGAUGUGGACGCAUAUGAAACGCCUAUCGCACGCCUCCAAAGUCAACUCGACGAGCAGUUUGACAGCACAGAAAACAGAUGUGGGCGUUGGCCAUCAUCACCUGACAGCAAACAACAUUACAAAAGCAACAACAACAACAACAACAAAACCAACACAAAUAGGCACAGCAACUAUAACAAUUAAUGGUGACACAGGCACAGGCACAGGCACAGGCAGAGGAACUAUGCCAGGGAAAUGCAUAUUAUUCCCGGAUAAGACGUCCUCACUGAAAAGUUCCAUGUAUACGCAACAGGUGUACUUCAGGCCCGAUAUGGUGAGUGUCAACAAUAACUACAAAAAUGCCCGACAGCUAGUUUUACAGCAAUCGCUGCUAGCGGGUCGCAUACCUGUGGCCUCCAUGACGGGACCAAUUAAACGCGGACUGCUGUGGCAGCAACGGGAUCGUCUCUUCUCGCGCUGGAAGGAAAGAUAUUUUGUGCUCACCCGCGACUAUUUGCAUUGCUUUAAACGUGCCUCGGGCUCGGCCAAUGAACGUGCCUCGGAUAUGGGACAAUUUAUAUUUAAGGUCAAGCUGGUCGACGUGGAGAAGGUGGAAUGGCUCAAUAGACGCUCGUAUAGCGCCAUUGGGCUGCUACUGGGACGCGAAGGUCGGGUGCUCUUGCGCUGCGACGAUGGCCUCGAGGAUUGGUUUGAGCUGCUGGAAGAAUGCACGCUGACCUCCAAGGAGCGUCGUCGCGCGCUGAAGAUCGCUCAGGGUCCCAGAUCGCGCGCCUCUCUGGCCGCACCCGUCUCGCAUGCCUCGCUGCAGUUCCAGCACUUUGGCCUGGGCAGCACCUAUUCCAGCGCCCUGGACGAUUGGCUGAUGACGAAUGGCUCGGCGAGCGGCGGCGGCGGCGGCCUGGCACGUCAUAAAAUCGGCGCUGGCAGCCUAAAUGGCUAUGCGGGUGCCAAUCCAUUUUUGUUCAGCGACUCUGUGCCCGAUCUGAGUGCCCUCAACAAUGAGAAUCAUAAUCAUCAUUUGAGCGGCAUCUCAACGAAUCACUCCACACCACAAAAAAUACCGCAUCACAGCAAUGCAAAUCUCAGUCGAUACUCGAAUGGCUAUGCCUCGGCGCAGAACAGCUUCACCCAGGCUGGUGGCGUCUUGUAUGGCUCGCCUCGGCGGAUUUUCAUCAACAGCAGCUUCGGUUCCAAUCAGGUGGUUGACGAGGAGACCGCCGAGGAGGCUGAGGUGCAGUUGCGUCGCCCCAGACUUUUCCGCGGCAUCAGCGCCCAACCGGACAAUGGCAAUGAACUGGACAGAGAUUGGCUCUAUCGCAAACCUCGUGCGCCCACCGAUAUGCGCCAUUCAGUUCAACCCAUGCUGCCCACUCACAAUGCGAAUGGCGGCAGCACAGCUGGCCUGGCCAACAACAAACAGGAGCUGGACUGCUCGGCCCAUGAUAGUGGCCUGGACACGCCUCCAUCUACACACCGCCCCUCCAGCUAUCGCGAGGCCGCGAGUCGCGACAGCACCGAAACGAAUGGCAGCUCAUCACGUGGCACGCUGCUCAACAAUUCGCCCGGCGGCAGCUUCCGCGCCAAGAAGCUGAGCGCCCAGGUGAACAAUCUGAAUCAGUUGAACGCGUUGCACGGCUCGCGCUACUCAGUGCAGGAUCAGCGCAUACUGAAGAUGCGCAACAAUGAGGAGGAGCGCUGUGCAUCCAUUAAGUUGGCCAAUCGUCUCAAUCAUAAUCACGAGCAGAACACCAAUACCAACACCAACGGCACCUAUGAUCCCAAUCAGAAUCGCUACUAUAAGAAUGGCAAUGCCACGCCCCCCAUUUCACUAACGCCCCAGCAUACGCCACAGCACAAGAUCAUGCAUCAUCACAGCAAUGGCAAUGGCAACGGCAACAGCGGCACGCUCAACGGCAACGCCGGCUCCGCCAUGAACGGAUCGGCCAUCUUCCGGGAGCGUUAUCAGCAUCCAGCUCUGGCGGCCAUCAUCAAUGAGGCCCAGGGCCUCAAGUUUCGAGAACGUGCCCAUUCGGAUAGCCAACAACGUCGACUGAACAACAACAACAACGGACCGAUGCCAGUACCCGCCUCCCCGCUGGCCCAGCGACGCAACAACGUCCCCAUCUUUGGAACACCCACGCGCGUAUAGCGGUUAAAAGUCUAAAUACUGAAUAUAUAAUAUAAUAUAAAUGUAUGUACUGUGAGAGGUGGUACCAACACACAUAAAUAUGCAUUACCAUUAGCCCAAUAUGUAGACUAAUCUUUAAGUGAAAUCAAAUUUUCAAAUUAGUCAACAUAUAAUACUUGAAUAAAGGAAAUAUCAAGAAAAUAAUAAAUAAAUAAUAAAAAUAAUAUAUUUAAAAAAAACUAUGUAAAAUAUAUAUCAUUUGUAGACCUUAAGUGCAGCGACUUUCUAGCGCUUGGCUAAAACAUGCCAGCGAGUUAUUGUAGUAAAAAAUAAAUAAACAUACAAUUGAAAUAAUUAUAAUUAGUUUAAAUAUGUAGCUUAAUUACAAAUAAAAUUACAAUUCUCUAGUAGUUUUAGUGUGCUACAUUGUCCAGCUUUAUCAAAUCAAAAACAUUGUCUAGAACAACAGCUCUAUUGGUAUGUGGGAGGACUAGAUGAGAAAUAAUAUAUUCUAAAUUUUACGAGCAUUAACUAGGACUCAAAAAUUAUAUGGAACGCAAUAUCUUUAUUGGAAUUGAAAGUAUAAAUUUAAUACAUUUUUAAUUUUUUUAAUGGGAAUUUUUAAAUUAUACACAUGAAAAAUUCUCAUUUUAUGUUUUUUUUUUUUUCUGAUGUCAAUUAGUUUAUAGAAUUGUGUUAAUGACUAUCAAUGGAUUAUUUUGUUUAGAAUAUUACGUGAUAUUAAUUGUGGAAGCAUAAUCUUCUAGUCCCCCUAUUACUACAAUUAUAAGAUUUAUUUAGCUUUAGCUGACUUUAUGUAAAAUGUCAAAAUAAAAUAAAUUAUAAAACAA